CUGAAAUGUCGAUGUAAUUGAGUUUAUUCAUUUGUAAUUCUCGAGCCAGUGUUGCCGUCUUAAGGGUUCUCGGCCUUAGGUUGGUGAAAAAUAUGAAUUCACCCAGUCCGCUAACUUUGGGGAAGCUUAGGUAAAGUUGUGAUUGGAGACUCCAGAAUUUCCGCUAGGUUUUUUUCUUCAACUUGCUUGAUAAAAACUCGCAAGACUAAGAGUUAUUUUGACCUCAAUUUGGAGAAUGUCCUACUUUUCAAAACUGCGCAAUGUACGCAACAUUUUGUCUUGCACUAUGCACUGUGGUCGUUAUUCUAGUUCUUCCGAAUCUCCAGAACAACUAUCUCAAGUCCUAAAUAAGCAUUUGUUGGAACGUAUUAACACUUUCGGACCCUUAACUGUAGCUGAAUACAUGAAAGAAUGUUUAUCUAACCCACUAUAUGGUUAUUAUAAUACACACAGUGUUUUCGGAAAAUCUGGAGAUUUUACCACUUCACCUGAAAUAUGUCAAAUCUUUGGUGAGUUGAUAGGUGUAUGGUUGCUGGAAGAAUGGAAAAGACAAAACAGCCCUAAACACCUACAACUCGUUGAACUUGGUCCAGGACGUGGCACACUUUGCUCUGAUAUACUAAGGGUUUUUUCCAAAUUCCCAGACAUAUAUUCAACAUUAUCAAUACACUUAGUUGAAAUAAGUCAAUCAAUGCAACAGACUCAAAAGCAAACAAUAGAAAAAACUCUGUCAUGUUUAGAUAAUAAACCUCCACUUAUAUUUUGGCAUACUGACUUACGCCAAGUUCCUGAAAAGUUCUCAUUUUUUAUAGGUCACGAAUUUUUCGAUGUGCUUCCAGUUCAUUGUUUUCAGAAACAUGAAGGAAAAUGGCACGAAGUUUUAGUUAGCUCCAUGAUAAAUUCUAAUAGCUUAUGUUUUGUACGUUCAAGCACAAAAACUCCAGCAUCAAUAGCAUAUCUUCCGUUAGUUCCUAAUCUGUCGAACCGAAACUCUGUGGAAAUCUGUCCUGAUAUGAUAUGUAUCACACAGUUAUUAUGCAAACGAAUUAAUAAAACGGGUGGUAGUGCACUGUUGAUUGAUUAUGGUCAUGAAGGUGAAAAAGGUGAUACAUUUCGUGGUUUUCAUAAACAUUCAGUUUGUGAUCCUCUCAUCAAUCCUGGUCACACUGAUCUAACAUGUGAUGUUGAUUUUAGUAUUUUAUGUCAGGCAGUCAAAAACUCCGAUGCUAAAGUAAAACUUCAUGGCCCUGUAACUCAAGCUUAUUUUCUUAUCAAUAUGGGUUUAUUCACUCGAUUAAAGGUUUUAUUGUCUAAAUGUGAAUCAGAACAACAAAAGGAUGAAUUGUUUUCAGCGUGUGAAAUCCUCGUCACCAAUGAACAAAUGGGUAGUCGAUUCAAAGUUGUUGCAAUCACCCCUGAGCUAGAAUCAGAUUCUGUUGGUUGUGAGCAACAACUACCUGGUUUUACUCCAUUAUCUGGUACACCAUAUGCACAGCCGAAUUCUGUAUAGAUAAUGUGUUUUUUGUAUAACUUCCCUUGUUUAUUUAUCAGCUAAAUAUCUAAACUCAGUCCAUUAGCUUUGUACAUAUAAAACUCAAAUAUAUGUUUAUUAUUG